GCGUCAGCACGUAGGCACCGCCUCUUCUCGUGCGGUUAGAUUUUCUGAAGCGCAAAACUCGCCCCGUUACUAAUCUCUCACUUUAACUGGACUUCCACACACUCUGAACGAUGGCGACGCAGUGUGUGACGAAGGUGGAGUUGACGGUUUCCUGUGAGAAUCUCCUGGACAAAGAUAUCGGCUCCAAGUCUGACCCUUUGUGUGUGCUGUUAAUGAGCAGCUCAGACAGCAAGUGGUACGAGGUGGCCCGCACAGAGAAAGUCCAAAACUGCCUCAGCCCAAAGUUUGCCAAAAAAUUUGUGGUGGAUUAUUAUUUUGAAAUUGUGCAGAAGUUAAGAUUUGGGAUUUACGACAUCGACAACAAAACAAUUGAUCUGAGUGACGAUGACUUUUUGGGAGAGAUGGAGUGCACCUUAGGACAGGUUGUGUCGAGUCGAAAAUACACUCGGCCUCUUGUUUUAAAGAAUAAGACCCCAGCGGGAAAAGGCACCAUCACAGUUAGUGCUGAAGAAAUCAAGGACAACAGAGUGGUCAAUUUUGAAGUUCAAGCAAGAAAACUAGAUAACAAGGAUAUAUUUGGGAAGUCUGAUCCUUACCUGGAGUUUUUCAAGCAAACAGAAACUGGAUGGCAGCUGGCUCAUAGAACAGAGGUGGUAAAGAACAACUUAAAUCCGUCAUGGAGACCUUUUAGGAUCCCUCUUCAGUCUCUCUGUGGCGGCGACAUGGACAAACCCAUAAAGGUCGAGUGCUACGACUACGACAAUGAUGGGUCACAUGAUCUGAUCGGGACGUUUGAGACCACGAUGACUCGGCUACAGGCUGCGUCGAGAGUUUCUCCUGCUGAGUUUGAAUGCAUCAACAAUAAAAAGAAGCAGAAGAAGAAAGGAUACAAGAACUCUGGUGUCGUCAGUGUUAAACUGUGCCAGGUGGUGAAGGAGUACACUUUCCUGGAUUACAUUAUGGGAGGCUGCCAAAUCAAUUUCACUGUGGCUGUAGACUUCACUGGUUCAAAUGGAGACCCCAGGUCGCCUCAGUCUCUCCACUACAUCAGCCCACAGGGAGUGAACGAAUACCUCAGUGCAAUCUGGUCUGUGGGAAAUGUCAUUCAAGACUAUGACAGUGACAAAAUGUUCCCUGCGUUUGGUUUUGGUGCUCAGAUUCCUCCCUCGUGGCAGGUUUCACACGAAUUUCCGCUCAAUUUCAACCCUUCAAACCCAUUUUGUACCGGUGUUGAAGGGAUAGUGGAGGCGUAUCGGAUGUGCCUCCCUCAAGUCAAACUCUAUGGGCCCACAAACUUCUCUCCGAUCAUUAACCACGUCGCCUGCUUCGCUAACCAGGCGCUACAGCAAACCACUGCAUCUCAAUACUUUGUCCUCCUGAUCAUCACUGAUGGAGUGAUCACAGACAUGGACCAAACCCGCAGUGCCAUAGUGGCUGCAUCUCGUCUGCCCAUGUCCAUCAUCAUCGUGGGAGUGGGUGGGGCCGACUUCAGCGCCAUGGAGUUUCUCGACGGAGACGACGGCCAUUUGAGGUCGAUGACUGGAGAGCCGGCCAUGAGGGACAUCGUGCAGUUUGUGCCAUUCAGACAGUUCAAAGACGCUCCCAGAGAAGCACUGGCCAAAAGUGUCUUGGCAGAAGUCCCCUCUCAGCUCGUGGAGUUUUUCAAUGUCAUGAAACUAUCUCCUCCCACCUCUAAUGCUGCUCCAAACCCAACUGGACCUGUCUGAACAUACAAUUCAAUGACAGAAAAACUAGAAAAAUAUGGGAAAAAGUGCCACAAAAGUUUUCGUACCACUUCAUGUUAAUGUCUAUAACAUUGUUAACAAUAGCUAGUUACUGUUUUAGAUGAUAGCAUAUGAAGUGCUGUAGCAAUGACAUUAUAUCAUUAUGGUACAGUGAAAUGGAAAAGCAAGAAUGGACUAAAGCAUGCUAAAACUUAUCUUUCCAAGUUACAUGUAGUUUAAAGUGAUAUUACAAAAUAGGGUUGUAUGUGGUACUUGCUAUAUACAGGUUUAAAUGUUUUAUAUGUUGUAAAAUGCUGUGUUUAGGGAUAUAAUAAUGAGCACAAUAUUACAGUGUAAAAAAUACAUAUUCUGGGCUUUUUAAUAUAAAACAUAUUCUAUGCCUAAAUUCAUUGGUUUAAGAUGAGAGAACCUGUAUUAGUCCCACAAUGGGAAAAUUCCAGUGUUGCAACGCAAAGUACAAGGACAGCAGGAGAAUAGAAAAAUGCAAAAAUCUACUUACAUAAAUAUUAAUUAGAACAUUAGGAUAAACUGUAGUUAAGGUAUAAAAAGGUGUAAAAAUAGUAAAAUACAGUAUUCUGCAAGUAGAGUAAAACUAUAAGGCUACAAAACUGAGUGAUGAUCACACGUGCACAACAUCAAUAUUGGGACUAAACCAGGACCAAACCAGGACCAAACCAGGACUAAACCAGGAUUAGAACAGGACCAAACCAAAUUUACAUUAAGACUCAAACUGGGCCCAAGCCAGGACCAAAACAACAACAGCGUUUACCCAAUACUAAAUCAGACCAAUGUCGCUGUGUAAUCUAUAAACAUAAAUAUAUAACAAAAAAUGCCGUAACUCCACAUUUUAAUGCCUGUUUGGUGGUGAAGUUAUCAUCUGUUUUGUACCAUUGGUUUAUCUUCUCUAUUUGAAGUACCGCAUACAGCACUACCUUCAAAAUGCCAGUCUACAAAUUAAAAUCCAUUAUACAUUGUUUGAAGUAUCUGUAGCUUAUAUUACAAAUAUUCCUAUGCAAAGUUAUGACCAAAUAAUGUGCAAUGAUCUUUUUAAUGCCAUAGUGCUUCUAGUGCCACAGCUAAAACUUUUAAAACAUAUUUUUCUAAUAUUGCAAUUGCUUCAUUUUCUGCACAUUUGUUUAAAAGUAGGUAUUUUAUUGCACUGUCUCAAAAAACAAAGUUUACUAAUGGCAUUAAUAUGAGUAGAAUAUUAUAGAUUUAGCCUUUUUACACAGCUUUAAAGCCAAGAAAGCAUAACUGUUGUUAGUUUUGUGUUAAAAUCGUGUCUGUGUACUCUUAAUGUGCCAUUUACAUUUAAUUAGCUGUUGUCAUAAAUAUGUUGAGUUGAGUUCAGUGGCUGUGAAUCAAGAUGAGAUGUUUUAAUUUUAAGUUUUGGUUCUACAUACAGCCGCUAUCCUAAAAUAGACAAAGGGACAUAAGGAGAAGAAAUUAUUUUAGUUAUGUGUUUGCAUUUAAAGGUGGACUAGGUAACUUUUCUGGUGUAGGGUCAGCCACCUGCUUGUCUCCACGGAUUUUUUAUUUUAUUUUUUUUACCUGAAAUGUUCCACGGUAUGGCAUUAAAACUUACUAGUACAGACAAGCAGGGAACUCCACCAGACACCUGCAACUGAUAAAUCCAUGAUAUGAUAGAUUAGUUUUAAUGCCAUACUAUGAAACAUUACAGGCAAAGCAGUAAUAUCACCAUGGUGACAAGCACAUGGUAGAUCCCACACCAGAAAAGUUACAUAGUGCACCUUUAAUUACUAGUGCUUGUAAUAAAAUUCUCCCUAUUACUAUAAGAGAUGGAAAAUAUGGGAAAAAAUGUCUAAUUUUGGAUCUUUGUGCAAAUGCGAGAUGGAAUUACCGUAGUUAUAAAAAUCUAGAUGUAAACACAAAAUGAUUGCACUUAUCAUGUUUUAUUUCUCUUAGCUAUUAGAGGUAUCCAGUGUGCCAUUUUAUUUAAUAGUUGUACUAAAUAAACUUAUUCGUAUCUUGGUCACUUUUGUUGCUAAUCUACAGAGCCAGUCACUCACUUUGCAUUAUCUCAGUAUUAAAAUAUGUCCUUUCCUUUGAGCUUGUCAUUGUUUUGUGUAAUUCACACCAUAUAGAUGUUUAAUUUGUGUAUUAACACAUGUAAAAUUGUCAGACGACUUGGUGUUGUGCCUUGUGCUGCAAAAUCUAUUACCGGUAAAUAAUCUAAGAAUAAAACAAUCAAUGAGUG